AUGGCGCGGAUAAUGCACUCGUUUAUCGACAAGCUGCGGCUGCGCGGCGGUCGAGACCCCGCCGUCCCGGACUCGACGGCUGUUGGAGACUCGCCGCCCGCCGUUGGCCCCGUGAUCGAUUCCGACGACAUUGCCACGGCCAAAGCCAUCAACGACCCCACGACAAUUAGCCCCGCGGCGCAGGCCGGCAUCCAGAAGAUCGAGGCCGUGACAUUGACCUGGAACACCUUCUCCCUCGUUCUGAUGCUCAUCAACAUCUGGCUCAUUUUCCUGACCAACGGGUUCCGCAUCUCGGUGCUUGCAAGCUUGGCACCAUUUGUCACGAGCGAGUGGCAGUUCCACUCGCUCACGGCCGUCAUCUAUGUUGUCUCGAGCGCCAUGGCGAGCGCGACCUACAUUCCCGUGGCCAAGCUGCUCGACACAUGGGGCCGUGCCGAGGCCUUCCUCUUCAUGGUCGCCCUCGCCACCCUGGGCGUCAUAUGCCAGGGCGCCUCCAGGAAUCUGCCGACCUUCUGCGCCGGCGAGGUCCUCUACGACGUCGGCUUCAGCGGCAUCGUUUACACCAUCUGCGUGCUCGCCGCCGACGUCACCUCUCUCAAGAACCGCGCCCUGGCCUUCGCCUUCACCUCCUCCCCCUACAUGGUCACCGCAUUCGCCGGGCCCAAGGCCGCCGAGGGCUUCCUUCUUAACGUUACCUGGCGCUGGGGCUUCGGGGCCUUCGCCAUCAUCGUGCCCUGCGUGACGGUCCCCAUGUUUAUCCACCUCAAGUACCAUGAGAGGAAGGCUGUCAAGUCCGGUCUUUACGAGAAGCCGCUCAAGAGCACCCAGCCCUUCAUGCAGAGGGCCAAGCAAGCCCUCAUCGAGUUCGACAUGCCGGGUGUGUUCUUAUUCGCCGGCGGCCUGGUCGUUUUCCUGCUCCCCUUCACCAUCGCCGCCAAGGCGCCGAACGGCUGGGCGUCGGACUACAUCAUUGCGAUGCUCGUUGUGGGUUUCGUCACACUGGUUGGCUUCGCCCUGUACGAGAUCUACCUUGCUCCGGCGCCCUUCAUCAACGGCAAGUUCCUGUUGGACCGGACCGUCAUCUCGGCGUGCAUGAUCAACUUCACGUACCAGAUCUCGUACUACUGCUGGAACAGCUACUUCACGUCCUUCCUGCAGGUCGUCUGCAACAUCAGCGUGUCCGAGGCCGGAUACAUCAACAACACGUUCCAGGUCGUCUCGGGCGUCGUGUGCUUUGCCUACGGCUACGCGAUCCGCGUCACCGGCCGCUUCAAGUGGCUCUACUACAUUGCCAUCCCGCUCUUCAUCCUGGGCCAGGCCCUGAUGAUCCACUUCCGGCAGCCCAACCAAUACGUCGGCUACAUCAUCAUGUGCGAGAUCUUCAUGUCUCUAGGAGGCAGCGUGUUCAUCCUGCUUGCACAGGUGGCCUGCCUUGCCGCCGUCGACCACCAGAACGUGGCCUCGGUGCUCGCGUUCCUCUUCGUUGUCGGGGGUAUCGGCGGCUCCAUCGGGUACACCAUCUCGGGCGCCAUCUGGACCAACACGUUCCUGCCUGCGCUGCAGCGCAACCUGCCCGAGUCGGCCGUGGGGAACGCGACGCUCAUCUUUGGCAGCUUGCCUGCCCAACUCGCCUACCCUGUCGGCUCGCCCGAGCGCGUCGCGAUCCAGGAGGCCUACGGGUACGCCCAGACGCGCAUGCUCGCCGUCGGAACUGGCGUCGCCGCCGUCAUGUUCUUCUGGCUCUACUUCAUGAAGAACAUCAACGUCAACACCAAGGCCGUCCAAACGAAAGGCACCGUGUUCUGA